GGCGCGGCGCUCCGCUGCCAUAUUGUUGUUGUAUUUUCGGAGCAGCGGCGGUCGGAGUUUCCAGCUGCGGUCGCUGUCUGCGGACUCAGCGGUCUGUGAGGGCUCUGAGGGGGAGGCACUGCUUCACUGACUCUAUCUGGAUACAACUGAGCUAAAAGUCACUGUCAAAGUUACCAAACUACGAGAGGAGCCGUCCGGGUGAGGUGAAGAUGGUGGACCGGCUAGCGAACAGCGAGGCUAACUCCAAGCGGAUCGCGGUGGUAGAGGGCUGCUUUGGUGCCGCGGGCCAGCCGCUGGCUAUCCCCGGCCGCGUGCUGAUCGGCGAGGGCGUCCUCACCAAACUUUGCCGCAAGAAGCCCAAAGCUCGCCAGUUCUUCCUCUUCAACGACAUCCUAGUCUACGGCAACAUCGUCAUCCAGAAGAAGAAGUACAACAAGCAGCACAUCAUCCCGCUGGAGAGCGUCACUAUCGACACGGUGCCGGACGAAGGCGACCUGCGCAACGGCUGGCUCAUCAAGACGCCCACCAAGUCCUUCGCCGUGUACGCCGCCACUGCCACCGAGAAGUCUGAGUGGAUGAACCACAUAGGGAAGUGUGUGGGAGACCUGCUGCAGAAGAGCGGCAAGUCCCCGACGGGUGAGCACGCCGCCGUGUGGGUGCCCGAUUCGGAGGCGACGGUGUGCAUGCGCUGCCAGAAGGUGAAGUUCACGCCGGUCAGCCGCCGGCACCACUGCAGGAAGUGUGGCUACGUGGUGUGCGGGCCGUGCUCGGAUAAGAAGUACCUCCUGCCCAGCCAGUCGUCCAAACCCGUUCGCGUCUGCGAGUACUGCUACGUGCAGCUGAUGUCGGGAGGCGUCGCGCCACGCUCAGACUCCAUCAGCCGGCUGGGGUCAAAGUUCAACAACAUGUCGGACGAUGACGACGAAGACGACAGCAGUGACUGAGGAGCGAACCGUCCUCCUGACGCUCCACCUCGUCCCCACGUACAGGAGGAAAUACUUCCUUUUUUUUCUCCUCCCAGAUGAUUGAAUCAUGCUUCGCCGUGAGAGGAUUAAAUUCACUUCAAACCAAAAUAUUUUAUGUUUUUCCUGAACGCAGCAAUUAAUCGAUGAAAUGUGGAAUAAACUGGGUGACCAACAGAACUCUGGGAAAAAGUCUGACUUCCACUCAGUCCGCCCCGUCUCUUCUGACUCUUGAUUAGGCUGCAAUUAGUCACUACAGAACCCAACGGUGCUAAUGAGAAACAUCCGCUCCUCUCCCCACCUUUUACCAUCAUUUCAUCUUUUAUUUCCAGUCUUUAUUUUACUUAAUGUCCAUGAACUACACGAGGUGAUGGCUUGUAAUCUCUGCAGGGAAAAGCAAAUGUUUGGGCUCUAACCUUUAUCUCCUCUGUCCUUCAGGUAUUACACCAAACAGCGCUUUUUUUGUAAUAGAGCUUUGGUAUUUUUCUGCCCUAUUUUGUAAGCAAAAAUGUCAAGAUCCCUUUUUAUAAAUAACAAAAUGUAGAUAUUA